UAAUUUCAAAAUACAAUUCAAAUACAAUUCAGCAGUUGCAGCGAAAAGACGUGCAGCGCUUGUUGACAAAUUAAAAAGCGAAAGCGAACAUCAAAUUUGUUGUGAAAAUCGAAUAAGUAGUAUAACAGUUGUUGCAUGCACUUUUGACCAACAAGUACGAAACGCUGCAUCAAAGCAAAACAGCAAACAACAACUAAACAAAAACAACGCAGCAAAAGAAACGUCGAGAAUAACGGCAAAGAGACAGAGAAGCAGACAAAUUUGUUUUGUAUUUAUUUUUUUUCGAGUGUGUUGUGUGGUGUAAAUAACAAUAACAACAACAACAAAAUGGCUUUCAUGAUGCCGGUUAUGAAAAACAACUAUGAUAUUUAUAAGGACACGCGUUCGCGCUCUCGCAAAACAUCGGAAUGCUCGAAUACGAGCAGCGGCAAUGCGACAACAGCGCUGGCCAGCGCAUUAGGUACACCCAAUGGCAUACCUGGCACUGUCUCUGCAUCGGCAGCGCAGCAGCAGCGACGCCGCAAGGUGUCCGAAUGCAAGUCCGAGAGUUUUGCGACGUCGCCGUCGCACGGUCAGCUUGGCGCACAUCGCAUGCAGAUGCAGCGCUGCCACAGUUCGCGUGGCUUCACGCGCAAUGCGUCGCGCAGCUCGCACAACGGCAGCAUGCUGCAGAUGUCCGCCAUGAUGUCGCCCACACGCUCCAGUCCGCCAAGUCGCACGCAGACCGCUUCGGCGCUGGAGCGUCAAGCGGCAGCGCAGUGCGCAGCGCAGACAGCAGCAGCAGUGGCGGCGGCAGCGACAACGACAGCGACCAUGCAGCAGCAUCGGGCGGAGCAGAGCAACAACGAUUAUACCAAGUUCCAUACGCGCUUGGUCGAAAAGCUGCGCAAGUCCUUUCGCAAGGACAACGGCAAGCGGUCAUGAGAACGCGUCACACACACAAACAGCAGCAGCAACAACAAUAACAACAAUAAUAACAACAGCAGCAGCGGCAGCAAUAAUAACAACAACAAUAAUAAUGACAGCGUCGCUGCACAGCAGCAACAGCAACAGUCGCUGCCGCCGUCGCAGCUGCAGCUGCAGUCGCUGUCGCAGUCGCAGCGUCCUGGCGUCGUCAGUCGUUUGGGACGACGCUUUAAGCGCUGCUGUCAGGCGUUUGGCGCAGCCGCUGUCGCUGUCGCUGCCGCUGGCGCAGCUGCGCCCGAGCUGAACUUCAACCAUGCUGCCAACGGCAGCGGCGGCAGCGCUGAGCAGCUAACGGCCACCAGUCCAUAUGCCAUGCGUCGCUGUCGACGCCGCUGCAGCAGCGGCAGCAGCUUAAAUCGUCUUAAGCUGCGUCUGCGUCGCAGCACCUCAUCGCCAGGCUAAGCGCAGCAGCAGCGGCAGCAUUUGGGAACGAGACAUGGCAAAGAAAUGCGUAAUUCGAAAUUCGAUUUCGAAUGCUAAUGCGAAUGUGGGGGAAAUGCUUGGAAGGCAGCCAACUGGCAAGGUUAAGAGAUCCACCAGGAUGCGAACUUGCAACGGCAGCGACGCCAGCUGAGCUAAUUUUAAACUGGGUCGCAGCGGCAGCAGCGAACAGAGCAAUGACAGCGAAGGCGGCAGAGCGACGGCAGCGGCAGAAGCAGAAUGACAACUGAACGAAAGCAGAGCGGCAUAUAACGAACAUUUUUGUAAGAGUGUUGAAUUUAGUUGGCAGCUGUUUGCGAUUAGUUUUUUUUCCUUUUUUUAGUGUAUUUUUAUUAGUUUUUAUAUUUACGCUUUAGAUACGUUUUUUUGUUCUUGAUUUUAGAUAACUUUUCUCUUAAUGUAUGUAUGUAUGUUAACGAAUCUAUAUGUAUAAAUAUUAUAUUUACAUAUGCAUAUAUACAAACAAAUAUUUAUACAACUAUGUAUUGUACUUUUUACAUAUACUAAAAGGCUUCCACAAAUACAUAUUACAACUACACACACACACACACACGAACACACAUUGAGAAACCAUAGAAGGAAUAGAAAGCUUAACGGUUUCGUUCGAAAGGAAACAAAAGCGACAAAAACAACAACAACAAGAACAAUUGAGACAAAUUUGCAACUGCCAAUUGCAUUGUACAACAACAAAAAAAAACAGAAGAAAAACACACAAAAAUAGUAG